AUGAAUCAAGAUGACUCAAAAAACGUCAACCACUCCAAAAAAAGAGUUGUUCCAAUAGACCCUUUGGAAGUGACAGAAUCUUUGGGAUUUCAGACGUACCGAAAGGGUGCCCGCAAACCGUGGACCAGAGAGGAGGACUCCGAGCUCGCAAAUUUGGUAUCCACUAAGUUGAAGCAAAAUGGAGAUAUAGAAUUGAUAGACUGGGAAAAGAUUGCCGAUAAAAUGUCACCCGACGGUUCAAGGAAAAGCAAAGACUGUAGAAAAAGAUGGAGCAACUCUUUAGAUCCAGCACUUCGCAAGGGGAAAUGGACACCUGAAGAAGAUGAGUUGCUAGUCAAAGCGUUUCAGAAGUUUGGAUCGGCUUGGUUGAAAGUUGCUCAAGAAAUCAAGGGCAGGACGGAUGAUCAAUGUGCCAAGAGGUAUGUUGAAGUUUUGGAUCCAAAGACAAAAGAUCGGUUAAAGCCGUGGACCGAAGAAGAGGACCUUUUAUUAAUAAAACAAGUUAAACUUUAUGGAACCAAAUGGAGAACCAUAUGCAGUGCAUUUGAAAGCAGACCAUCCUUGACAUGUCGAAAUCGCUGGAGGAAAUUGGUGACAGAGGUGGUGCGAGGGAAAGCUAGCCCCAAAAUAAAAGAGGAGGUGGAGAGUGUCACCAAUGGAAAUUCUUCAAGUGUGUUGGAUACUUUGAAUCGCCAACAAGAGGAACUUACAAAGACCAACGUCGACUCAGACUCUAAACGGAGUAUAAAGAGAAGGAAACCCAAUGCGGUAGCUGUCCCCGUAGCAGGCUCGCAGACUCUUCAAAACCACAGCCGAUUGAGCACAAAAUCAGAAAUAGAAUGGGUUUACUCGGUAAAUCCCGGCAUGAAUGAUCAUUAUUCAAACACACAGAGCAAGCCCCCUUUUGGCACAAUUAAUAAUCGCGAGACUGUUCGACACCUUGUUGAGUACGCAAAGGCAAAUGGUGUCGGAAUUUCAAUCCACCAGCACAUUCACCACCAUUAUACUCAGGGAUCACAUAGUCAUGCUAGUGGAAAUGAGCUAACAUCCCCAGGGAGCUCGACCAGCGGAACCAAUAUGCUUGAACCGGAGGAACAAGUGUCUCGUUUUCAACAUUUUAAUUAUCUACCUCCAAUGACAGAAACGCCAAAGUUGAAUUCAUCUACCGAUCAGCCGUCUAAGAAUGACACAACUCAGCACCACCAUCACCACCAUCACCAUCAUCACCAUACAGAGAGGGGCAGCGGAAAUCAACAAGCUCAAAGGACCAAGCUACAGAAUAUCACAUCCACAGACAGUUCUGACUCAGUAAAGGAGUCAAACCUUCAAAGGUUGUUGAAUGCAGAAGAGUACAGUGGACACCAGUCUUCAUCUACGCCCAAUCCGUUAACACCUUUGACCCAAGCAGUAGAGAUGGUUAGAGCAGCGGAUGCCGCAAACUUUGCUGGUACAAGUAACUACUCAAGCAACGAUUUUGGAAUCGACCAAAAGAGUCAAUUAUACGGUCACCAAUCAAAUGGGAAUCAAGGUGCAGAUCUUUGGCAGCAGACUAAAACUGUAACCAGUAAUGGAGUUGGAAUACAACCUCAAUCUAAUAGUGCCAGGAAUGAAAGAAAGAGCUCAUCGCAUAGUCAAGCAUCUUCUCAACAUCAAGACCAUUUACGCGACUUUGCACAUCCAAAUGUUCCCAAAAACAAUCCAUUGCCUUAUGUGGGUGAUAGCUCACUUGGAGACAACACCAGAUCCAACUUCUCAUCUGCGUAUUCUGAAGGCAUCAACGAACAGGAGGAUGGCGAAGAAGAACUCUUAGCAAGAGAGUUAGAGGAGACAGGCAUUGACGAAGAUGUAUUGAACUCAUAUGGGUUGUUCUACAACGUCUAUACAAAAGAAGGGUCGACGUUUCCCGACGCUCAACCCAAUCAGCAACCCCAACUGCAAAAUGCAUAUCGGCAAAAUGAAAAUUCUUAUGACCAAUGGGGUAGUGACUUUAUCAUACCAUUUAACCCUUCUUAA